AUGGAGACUCGCGAACGUGUCUUGAAUUUCGCCGAAAAGGAUGAAAUAAAUGAGGUCUCUGAAGAAAAGAGAUGCAUCCGCGACCGCGGGAAGAUCAUUGUCGUGGUAUCAGCGACGGAAACAAGACCAUCAGUUUCCAGCGAGUAUUUGGAGAGAAAGAAGGUCAAUGGUGAGAUUAGUCUCCUCGAUGUUACCUCCUCAGUGCAUUCUUUCCAAGAUGAAAACGGCGAUGACGACGACAAGGAGAACGAGGAAGAAAAGCGCAUUCUCGACGAGUCGAAGUCGUUACCGCGUGGCAACCGCGAGGCGGACGAGAUUUUUCCGCAGCAACAGCAGCGGCAGCAGGUGAAUCGAUCGCCCAGACGCAAAAGCGCCGGCAUCCCGACGUUGUUAUGCAUCGAUGGCGGCGGGCUUACGGAUGCGACGGCGGUUGGAGUUAAGCGCAAGAUCCCGAGGCCAGCGAACGCCUUUAUGCUCUUUGCCAAUGAAUGGCGACGAAAACUCGCCGCCGAGAAUCCUCGAGAAUCCAACAAGGAUAUCAGUGUCAGAUUAGGCAUCUUUUGGAAAAAUAUGUCGAAGGACGUGAAGGAAAAGUAUUUCGCACUGGCGCGCGAGGUGGACAGGGAGCAUAAGAGGAAGUAUCCUGAUUACGUGUACAACCCGAAGGAGGCGAGGUUGCGAAAGGCGAUGCGCGAGCAGACUCGCGAGCUGUCGCGACGAUCAAUCCUGCAGAACGCGAUCGCGAACGCGAACGGACGCACGAUCGGCGGCGGCUCGUCCGCGUCGAUCUCCGGCGACUUCCUGAACCAACAUCACCGUUUCGAUUGCGCGUCCGUGCCCAUGGGUCCGAACGUGAGUCCUCAUCAAGAGUCCUGGUACCAGGCCGCGCAUCGUGGCCUGAAACCGGCGCAUUCGCCGCGAAUCGGCGACUGGUACGGGAACGUGUGCGGCGACCCGAUCGAGAGGCUGCAAGCGAUGGGGGUGAUGCAUCAGCAGCAGCGAGAUCUCGACAAGCCCAUCAAGGACCAGAGGAGCCAGGCGUUCAACCCCAACGGCUACUCGCCGGACAUCGCGGCUGCGGAGAGGGAGAUUCGCCGGCAAGAAUCCGCUGCGGAAUACGCCGAUUAUGUCGACGGCCAGAAAUGGCAUCCUUAUCAAAAUAGCGCGAGCCCUCAUUCACAUCCGAGGACGCCGCAUCCGUCACCGCAAAUGGGCGGCAUUCUUCACCCGAACGUACAGAAUACAAACGCGCAUGGACACACACACGGUCCAUGGGGCCAAUUUUGUCACGGCGUGCUACCACGUCCGCGACACGCAGUUUUCUUACGGGAUCGUACUCCAACUAGGCACUGCGCAUUUUCGGAAGAUGCGUCGCAGAUGGGUUACGCUCCGAGAAAAUUAAACAUGGAUAGCAUCCGCGCGUCUUAUCCGUUACCGGAGCAUCAGAUACCAAGAUUAUUGGAAUCAGCGGUGGAUUCCGUCAUAGACUCGACGACGACUAUGAAUCGACGCGAGGAAGACGACGGGACCAGAUGGGAGCCAAACACCGUCACCGCCGGAGUGUCUCUCGACGAACUCGUGCCAACCUCUACGCCGCAGGAAGGUACAGUUUCUCGCGAGAAGGAGCAGCGCGACUCCCGGCACUCGAGCGAGCGAUUUGAACCGAAGAGGAAGCCCGUUUCGAAGCAACCGCUUCCGGGUUUCCAUCAAGCCUUCGGCUCCACGGAAAUCGGCAGAUUCUCCCGAUCGGAGUUCUUCGUGAACAUGGUGGGCGAGACGGGCGGCGGUGGCGGAGGAGACACCGGUGACGACGGCGGCGACGAUGGCGACUUGAUUCCAGAAGCCUACCUGACGACUCCCUUGCUGUUUCCCUUUCCAUCGACAUCCCACAAUAUUCUAGGAACCGAUGCCCUUCACGGAAUCACAGAAAAUGGACAACUAGUAUCGCGUAUUUUGCCCAACGAGUGUUGCUGGCUUGCACAAAGUGGCCAUGCCGUAACUAAAAUACCUGACAGUCUAGUGACCUAUGCAGCUUUAUUGGAUUAUUCUAAUGAUUCGAACGAAAGAAAAUGGAUCCAACAGAAGGCGACAAUCGCACAUCCGAUGGAAUUUCCAAUAUUGCUCGGUAAUCAAAGUAUGGAUUGCGAAAGAAUUAUCAGCGAUCAUGCCCGACGAAAUUAUGUCAUCGUCGACGGAGAUGAAACUAGGGAUCGCAACAUUCGGCGAGAACAAGGAAGCGAGGCCGUUAAUCUGAAGAUUGAUCGAGAUCAGAAUUCACUCGUUGGCUCGAGCUUGCAUGAAUCUAAGAAGACUGAGAAAAAGAAUUGAAAUGUAUUAGUUAUAUUUUCGUCGCUAUAGUUAAUCGCAGCGACUUUUUUUAAAUAUUUAAGAAUUUUAUUUACCAAGUAAUUGAUUAGUUGACACACAAUGAUUUAUGCAAAUAUAAUCUCUAG